AUGUACCGUUUCUUCCCCGACGGCACAGCUCCAAUAGGCCUCUCCAUACAUCCAAAUUCGGGCGAGCUUGUUGUGGAUUCCGUAUAUGCUAAUACCCCCUCAAAUCACGAUACUCAGUUCGUUGUGGUUCGGGCAAUAAACUUGAAUUAUCCAGAGUUCUACUCGGAUGUCGGGGUCGCAAUCAGUCUUGUCUCCAGCAAAUCUCUUCGUUUUCCACAAAGCAUUUACCGGAUGCAACUUACCGAAAACACCCCGAUAGGAGCAGCGCUUUACCCGCCGAUUGAGGUUUUCCCGAAAUCACCAGGUGUCACCUACACCAUCAAUCCUCCUACGCCUCUCAGUAUUCUGUCGAAUGGCACCCUCGUCGUGAACUCGCCUGUGGAUUUGGAAAGCUUGCCUGUUGACAAAAGCAGCAGUCUGCACUUUAUUGUAAGUUCAUUAAAAUAA